CGGAGGCUCGACGGUGGCACCGUAAUCUUCGUGCGUGAGGAUGGGGUCCAGUUACCACCUCUAUCGUUUCCUUCGUUCAAUCAGGUCAUAACCUUUCUACAGUGUCUGGAGCACAAUCUUGCUCCACGAGCCUCACUUGAUCCAUCCUUGGAUGAAAUGGACCUUGAAAAUGACAAAGCCAGCGUCUCUACGAAGUCUACGGAUUCCGGUAAUUCUGCGCAUUCAAAUGGGUCCAUGACAGAGAAUUGGCCUAAAAAGGAAAGCACCUCACAAUCGCCCGGAGGCUAUUUCUGUAUGCGAAUUCAACAUAAGAACCCCCCAAGCGGCUCGAAAGAUAAGGAUUCGAGGUUCUUUGGCGGUUCGGUUAGUCGGUCAAUCGUAACUCGAUCCGGUUCCUUCUCAUUCGGUCUGAACAAGAUGAACUCCUUGGAGGAUAUCUCUGGUCCAGAACCUCCCAGUCCAGAGCCCAAGUCCACCCCGGACACUCCUGUGGACGCUCUUGGCGCCUUUGAGCAUACCUGUAACGCUAUGCGCCACCAAAUUCUCACUCGUGUGUUUUACGGAUGGCUUGCCUAUACCCGUUCCAUGCUACUGAUACGCAAACGUCUCUCGGACAUUGUGUACCCGAGGUUCCUCCUGCCUAAAGCACCGCCAGUGCAUGCACCGCCGUUGGAGGCGGAUUUCUGGCACCAGGUUCGAAGCAACGGAAGCAGAGUAAGUUAUCUGGCCGUUUUCACUUAUUUGCUAUUAUAA